AUGUCCAGGGUGAAGCACUUGAGGGUCACAGCGCACCUGCGGGACAUGUCCCAAAGUGGGAAGCAGGGACUGACAAUGAUGUGGUUUAUAAAGCAGAGGAAGCGCAGCAUCCAGCCAGAGGCCGCCUUCCCCCCCAAACCCCAGCCUCCCCCUGUGGCACGCGCUGCAGAGGCUUCUGUACCAGCUACAUUGGUCGGACAACGUGAGAUCCGCUUCGAAGUCAAUGACGUCUUUGAAACUGCUCAAAGAAGGUUGUCCUUCUCAAGUGGGGUGUUACAGUCUCUUAGGUUUGGUCUCUGUGAUGAGAAGGAUGGAUGCAUGAAGUGA